AUGACUCACGUCCGAUGGCUUGAUAUCGUCUCGAGACUGCAACGAGUUUCUUGGGAACUUUUAGACGCGUCCGCCCCUUCGUUUGACGCGCCCUGGCCAAUCGGCGUUUCGGCUGCCCACUGUCGGCCGCCAACAGUCGCGCCAUUCACAAAGCCCGUAAAAAUAGCCGCGCUCCACAAUCGCGGCUUCAUCGCAAAAAAGAAGCACAGAGCACAAAGCCGAUGGCGUUCUGAACGCUCCUCUAUCCGACUACAGAGUGUCACUGAGGAGUGCCAUCGUUCGACCUCGGCGGGACCAGCCCGCUUGAGCCCCGGGGCGCGGGCUGAAAACCCUUCCCGCGAGCGCUGGUGCAUCGGCUGCGCGGGACGCGGCGUCUCAACGGCGUCUGGUCGCCAUCACAAAGGCACGGUUGUGAGCAUCGAUACAACAUCUCGUAGUGUCUCUGCCCUGCGGCAUGUUUACGCGUCUCUAAACCUUAAUGCGUGGGCGUUAAAGGUGCUUUUCGGU